AUGCCCUCUACCCCCUCCAAAUCCAAGAGACUAAGGCUCCCACAUCUCGAACGUGCAAUGGGCGUUCGUCAUCCCACCCACCUCUUUUCUUCACGGAGUACCGAAGUCCCCUGCGAGAUUGCCUUGGAGAUACUGCAACGUUUACCAGUCCAAGAUCUGUUGACCAUAGUACAAGUGAACUCCUCGUUCCGUCGCAUUCUUGAAGCAAAUCCUGCUCGAUCUCUCUGGGUCAAGAUUCUGCAAGACGACGGAUGUCCGCAACACCCAUCGUGGAUCGAACCUUUCGAACUCGUACUCUUUCUAUACAAAGGCAACCGGUUUAAAUGUCAGUGUUGCCGUCAAUGGAGGGGCGUUGUUCUCAAGCCAAUAUACAUCAGUUUCAAGUGGCUCUGUCGGGCAUGCUCUGGUAAAGCUCUGUGCUCCCAACAGGAUCUUGGGGUUGCCCUCCCUGCUCACGUCUAUGACGUGAUUCCCUCCAUCAGCGGAGACAAAGGACAGAAAUUUUACCUCAAAGAAUUUGCACACUAUGCAUCUGCUCACCUGCGAUCCGGCGGAAAUCUAGGGCAGCUUGAUACACAACUCAAAGAAACGGUAAACCUCGCUCAGCAAUGCAAACUCUGGAUGGAUCAACAAGCAGAAAAAGAAAGGAAGGCAAUCGUAGAUCAACGUUGGGUUACCAUCCAAGGGAAGCUCGUUGGCUUAGGUUUUAACGGCAAUGAUCUGGCUGCUAUUAGUGGCCAUCCUUUGGUGCGUACAGUUGCCAUACUUCGGGAUCGAGACUGGACUGCGCAUAUAUACCCCGAACUGAGGCUUGCAAUCGAUUCCUACCGACGGGCUCGCAUGUUUGCGAACCCUUUCCCUGACAGAACGAUGUGCGACCGAAUCGAGAGUUUCAAGAGGUUCCUCUGGGACGUCUUGCGUUGUCUCCCUCUCGAGAGACGCGACUUUCCGGAUGCCCAGACUAUUUGUCUUCUUCCGAUUUGCUCCAACCUUAUUAUCGAACCCGACAACGUCCUUGUGACGCAACGUACAUUCGAAAACCUCCGAUCUACCAUUCUUCGUGACAUUCGCGUAUGGAUAGAGCAACAGCAGCAGCAGCUCACAAGAAUCUUCAUAGAAGACCGUCAUCGACUGGUAGUCGCUGCACACAGUCUGGGCCUCGAUAUCCUACCAUUCAUCGGGAUCAAUUGGAACAAUGGCGUUGUUUGCCAUGAGCUAGCGGUUGCGCAAUACACCUGUUUGCAAUGCGAACGACGCUACCCUACCGCUCGAGCAGCGAUAAAGCAUUUGAAUAAUGCAUUUACUUGUCAACCAGCGGCGGCUCUGAAGCUGAACUCAUUUACCUUCUCACCUGACAGAACCGUUCUACUUCUCCUAAAUUUGUGUGGUCUUCCGGUCACCAACACAACUGCUGACGAUUUCGACCUCUUGGAUCCUACCUUUAGAUGCAACAGUUGUUCGGACGAACCUCAUGUCGGAAAAUGGCGCCAAUGCGUCUCUCACCAUAAGUUUUGA